AUGGAAAACAAUAAUCAGAAACGUAAAGUGAUUAGUGAUAAGUCUUUCGAAUAUAUAUGGUUCCUUUGGAAAACCGUCGGAUUAUAUAGAGACGAAAAGUAUUCUUGCCUUCAAAAAGCCCACGUGGGAUUCAUCAUUGCUUGCGUCCACGGAAUGACGAUAUUGACCUUCAUUGUGCAAUUUUUUCUUGUAAAGAAUUUGAAGCAGCUACUGAACAUCUUACCGAUGAAUGUGACAGUCAUAUCCUGCUUAAUAAAGCUCGUAAUAUUUUUAGAUAAACGCCAUAAGCUUGUUGAAAUUCAUUAUCUUUUCGCGAAAUUGGAUAGUAAAAAUCUCACUUCGGAAGAAAUUGAAUCCUUGGAAAAACUGAACAGGUUUUGCAAAAAGAUGUUUAUUAUGUUAUUCGUCCUAUAUGCAUCGAUGAUAACCAGUGCCGCGAUAAAUGCAGCCUUUUCGCAUCGACAAACACUACCAUUCGAUAUUUGGUUGCCAUACGACUAUCGAAGUCAAUCUUGGCUAUAUUGGAUCACCUUCGCUUUUCAAUACAGUUUUUUCAUAACGCUGUCAAACGAAAAUGUAGCACAUGAUCUAAUUGGGCCCCUGUACUUCAUCCUCCUUAAUAGGCAUUUGGAAAUUAUACUGGAUCGAAUUGAAAAAGUUGGCUGGGAUAAGGAAAAGACCCAGGAAGAGAACUAUCAGGAUUUCAUUGAUUGCAUUGAGGAUCAUAAGCUCGUAAUGGGGUAG